UUACGGAAUCUUUUUGCAAAGGCAGUUGUUCAUCACCGAUUAUUCGGCCCCUAGGUGUAACAUUUAUAGAAGCUAACCAAUAUAUUCCAGAUUGUCGAUCUGAUCCUCGGAUAUGGAACAAAACAAAUUUGCUCUGCUUGAAAUGCCAAUAUGUAGGGUUCAAAUUUAUUGUACCUCCGUCAAGCAUUGAUAUCCACAACUCCAAACUUUCUAUACCGAACACCUCUAUUGACGGAGGGCUCGAACCAGUCACAUUUGAUAGGACGCAUUUCAUCUUUGCUAAACCAGGGAAUUCCACUUCAAUGAUCUCUAGUAAGAUCCCAUAAAUAGAAAUUUGUUUCCCCUAUCACACAUAUUCUAUAGUUCACCGUUGCUCGACGACUCUCAUACUCGUAAGUGUGAAAAGUGUAACCUCGUGUGAAAUACAUAGGUGAUGUGGUGACCUUAAAACCGGACCUUGUAUCAAUUCGUGAAACUACGAAGGAUAGAAUGGAUCAUCAUAGUCAAAUAAGUUUUUCUCUAUUUGCUCGUAUUUUAGUCGUUACUCAGUUGCAAAAUAUUUUAAUGUAAUUUAGUUGUAAAAUAACAACUACAUUACGACCCCAUGUACAUGCCGUCCUAAAUUAGUUGUAAACUUAUGACUAUUUUACGACAAAAUUUUUCGUUGUAAAGUUACAACUACUUUACGACGUUUUUUGCUUUCGUCGUAAAGUAGUUGUAACGUUGACAUAACAUUACGAUGACCAAAUAGUCGUCGUAACGUGUCGUCGUUGUGCGUACAUUUUAUUGUAAUGAAACUAUCCUUUUAGAAUUUGAUUUAAAUACAGUUUUUACCAAAAAAUUCCCAAUUAAUAAUCUGACUAAUAGUUUACUUUCUUAAUUUACUUUAUGAAAAUUAAAUAUUUAUAUUAGUGACCUUACUAAAAUAAAGAAAUUUGAAAUAACAACCCUACUUCAGUUUUUUUCCCUUGUCGGCAUAGAAAAAUCACAUUGAGUUUGCAGCCAAAAUUGGGUUCUAAAUCGUGACCAAGUAAACUAGGGCUUCCAUAUACAUCCAUCUUCAAACUACCAAAGUGAAGGAGUAGUGAAUCACACAAAAUAUUUUUUUUGUGUGAUUCACUACUCCUUCACUUUGAUUAUUGUGCAAAAUUUAAUGUCUUUUAAUAUUUAUGACCAACUACACAAUAAGACUUUUAUUAACUGAAUUAUUUAUAUUUUUUCAUAUUGCUAUAUAUGUAACUAAGAUCAAAUGUAUAAAAGAUCGUGCAUUCUUAAUUCAUAUAGAUUUUUUUUUCUAUAACGUGAAGAUUUUAAAAGUUUUUUAGGUCCAAUGACUAAUCCCACGUGACCUUGCAUCCGGGUACACAACUAAUCAAACUUAUGUCGGAAGCUCUAGCUGGAGCCUUUUUAGCACUAGGUACCACUUGAUUAAUAUAAAGUUAGUACCAUUCUAACACACUUUGAUUAAUUCAACAUAAUUUUUAUAAUUCAUAUAUAUUACUAACCUGAAACAUAAACUAGAAUAAAAUGGAGAGAUAACUAAAAUAACCUAGAGAGAGAUAAAAAUAAUAUAAAGUUAGUACCAUUCUAACACACUUUGAUUAAUUCAACGUAUUUUUUUUUUAAAGUUGUUAUAUCUUGAAGCGUUUCUUGCAUUCGUUUAUUUGUGGCUAGCGAAUGGUGACUAAAUAAAGACUUACAAAAUUGUUUAGAUCAGCUGUAUAUUUAAACACAUUUGGUGGAGCCCAGAUAGAUUAGUUAAACUAGUAUUACAUAUCUAACACCAGAUAGAUUAGUUAAACUAUGUUAUCAUGGAAUGUGUCAAUGAAUUUUACACAACUAUACAUUAUUUAUAUUUCUAGCUUGGAGUUGACUUAUUUUAGAUUUGUAAUUCUUCCCUAAGUAUAUAUGCGGUAUUUCUCAUUUUCAUAUUUUUCGCAGUUUUGACGAAGGAAAGUCGUUGUUUUGUUCUUGAUUCCCAUAGAAACAUGACGGUGAGAGACAACAUGAAGAAUCAUCUUCUGUUGGCUAUCAUUGGAACCUUUGCCGUUAUAGUUGGAGCCCAGACGCAAGAAGGAUUUAUAAGUUUGGACUGCGGAUUACCUCUUGAUGAAUCUCCUUACAAUAAUUCGUUUAAUGGAUUAACAUUCUCAUCGGAUUCCAAUUUCAUCCAGACAGAAAAAAUUGGUAAAGUCGAUAAAGAUGUCUUCAAAAGAUUCGCGAAACAAUAUGGGACUAUGAGAUACUUUCCAGAAGGAAAACGUAAUUGUUAUAGUCUCGAUGUCAAGCGUGGCACGAACUAUGACAUGGUUGUUAGUUUCUUAUAUGGAAAUUAUGAUGGUCUUAAUCGUGAACCAAGUUUCGAUCUCUAUCUUGGUAGCAAUAAGUGGGCAAGAGUAGAUUUGGGAGCAGGCCAAAUGGAACAAGAGAGGAGAUCAUACACAAAGCUAAGUCAAACUCUUAAAGCAAGAUUGACUCUUACACAAGAAGAAAAGCUUCCCCCAAAAAACAGCGAACCAAAAGGCGAAUCCCUAGCUUUUCAAGCCGUGAAAUUCGACGUCUUCACCGGUGUGAGACGUCGCCGGUAGGUCUCCCGUGUUAGUGGUGACCUGUCUCUUCCUUUACCUCUUCAUCUCUCCUUCCUCCGCCAUGGUUGCGACGAAAGAAAGUUCGACGACCUCACCGCCUCCAACUUGGUGUCUCCGCCGGUUCUUCCUCUGUCUUCAGCUUCGGAGUGUCAUGACGGUUCGUUGUAGUCUCCACAACCUCCAACUGAUACGCUCACGGUUCACACCUCGUCUCCAUCACCGUCUCUGUUUACGUUCAUCGUCUCUGCCUCUUCCUACUACGCCUGCGAACUGUCUUGACGGAUUGGUACCUUGCUCCCUCCAUGACGUUGCUCUAGAGAUAUCUGCAGCUCAGUUUCCUCUUGAAAAUAACGUGAAAGCAAUCAUGGACAAAGCUUCCGUCACUGUCACCACCACUCCUCGGACUGACACGGUCCCUCCUUCAUCAUCUCAGAUGCAGUUGGAUACUGAUCGUGAAGUUAACAACAAAUUUUUGGCUCAUCAACCACUCCCAAUACGGACCCGGUCAAAUUUGUUCCGUCUCUAGGUUCAUGGGCUAAACCGCUCUUCUUCAAACCUCCUGCUACUCCUCCAGAACCAAGCACACCUCAAGGUUACGACCCUGCGAUUGUUGGAAACCAAUUAGCUGCUAUGUGGCCGACUCUUAAUGAUUAGAUACUGAACAAGCAACUUAAGAGCAAGCAUCCAACUCGCUCUUUACAGCCUCCUAUAGAGAAAUUACCUCCUCCAGAACUUAAAGCUGAUGGAAGUCUGAGGUUUCCGUGGGCUGCGAGAUUAAGUCCGCAGUCACGUAAUCUAUAUCGAGCAGCUACUCCAACUUUACCUGCUUGAUGGUACACCAGAGGUAUCUAUCCCUUCUAAAGUGCUUAGGUUAGGACCUGAGAACAAGGAUGAAUAUCAUAGGCAAAUUUCAUAGAUGUUCUUUACCUCCGGGAGGUCUUAUCCAUGCUGUGGUUAAUAAGAUCUGGGGAAGGAGUUGUAAGAUUACUUGUAAGAAGCUUGGAGAUUCAUCUUACAUGUUCCAUAUCCCUCACCAACCUACUCGUCAAUGGGUAAUUCAGAGAGGAGUAUGGCACAUUGAUGAUUGCCUACUUUUCGUACUUCCUUGGACGCCUGAGGGCUCUUUUAAAAUUCCAGAAAUUUCCACACUUCCAGUUUGGGUCAUUCUGAAGAACCUUCCUGAUUGCUGCUAUUCUAGAUUAGGAAUAAGCCAUGUUGCCUCAGGACUUGGUGAGCCUAUUUUAACGCAUAAACCUCGUUUAGAUCCUACUAGCAUGGGAGAAGCUAAGGUGUUAGUUGAAAUGGAAUUAGAUAGGGAUUUUCCGAAGCUAAUUGCUCUUGAUGAUAAGCAGGUCAGUAUAUUUCUGGUUAAUGUUGACUGCACAUGGAUUCGAUCUACAUGUGAGAGAUGUGGAAACUUAGGCCAUAAAGAGAAGAGGUGUCUUCUUUCUUCUAAGCCUUUGAAUGAUAACUUGUUGUCGAUGAAAGAUGGUAUCAGUGAUGAGAUUCCUGUUGUGGAUAUUGAUCCAAUACUAAAGCUAAGAGAGAAAGAUCCCUCAACCAAAUCUUCCCCUCAUAAGAAUCCAACAGCUAUAGGCACUUUGACGACUUCUACUCCAGCUUUUGAGCCGCCUUCUUUUGCAGUUUCUCACAUCGUUUCAGACUCAGAAAUGAACCCACACUUCCCUUCAAGUGCUCAGACUGAUCCUCAGCCUCAACAGGAAAACAAUACUACUUUGCCAAACUUGUCCAACACUUUACCCCCAUUAGUAGAUUCUCAAUCUGCUCCAACUCAAACAACCAUUAUGGAGACUUCUCCAUCAAACAUUACCAACAAUGUGGUCCUAAAAACUCCAGUUGUUGAUCCACUCACCACAACUCCUCAGGCUGGAGCAUUUGAGAGUCCAUCUCGCUUCACUGUGCUAAGAGUUAUGGAUGAAGUUGAAACAGAUCCAAAGAGCUCCUUCAGCUUGACAAGGGGUGGGAGGGAGACAAAACCUCCUAUCAAAUACCAAGAUAUGGAAUGGAAGACUAUGCAAGGGAGAGGUAAACAUGGCCGGCGAGGUCGUGGUUCGUCUCAUUAGCUAUUUCUUAUACAUUUCGUUAUUGGUUAUGCUAGUUUCGUCCUAAGUGUUUUCUUAGGUAUGUACUCUUCCCUAUCUUGAAGUGUGCUUCAUGCAAGCUUUUCCUCACUAUAAGAUUGUUAAGUCUUAUCUUUGUAAACUUUUAUGUUUUGUUUAAAUUUGAAAGCCUUUCUUCAAAAAAAAAAAAGAGUCAAACUCUUUGGAUAUUUGUCUCGUUAAAACUGGAGAAAC